CAAAUUUAAACAAUUCCUACGGCGCAAAUGUAUUAAAAAGGAUUUACUUAAAACUAUUUACAAAUUAUUUAUUGUCAGCUGUCACUUUAUUGGGGUUACAUUUUUGACAGUUCCCCAAAGCCAUCUGCGAAAAUGGCAAGUUUUACAACGGGAAUGAGUUCCCAUACGCGUAAAGUCCAAACUUUAUACAAAAAGGCUGUAAGGUCUUUGGAAAACUGGUAUGACAGAAGGGACGUAUUCAGAUACCAAGCAGUUCUUAUGAGGGAAAGAUUCGAUCAGAAUAAGGAUGUGAAGGAUAUGAGAAUUGCAAAAGACUUGAUCAUGAAGGGUGAACAGGAAUUGUUCGAGAAACAACAUUGGCACCCCAAGAAAUUCCCAGAGUCCCCUGGUGGUGUAGCCUAUGGCAGAGAAGUAAUCCCUCCAGAUUGGGUUAUGGACUACUGGCACCCAAUUGAGAAAGCGCAGUAUCCAGAAUAUUUUGCGCGUAGAGAACAACGCAAGCAAGAAUACAUUAAAUUGUGGGAGAAAACCCAUGGCAAACCCACCACCACUGGCCAUCAUUAAAUAAAUUUUUAAAUUUGUAAAUUGUAGAAUAUAUUAUGUUAAGAUUUACUUGGUUUUUAUGAUUUUUUAUUACA